AAUGCCUCUGGGGGCGGUGGCCCGGCAUUUGUUGAUGACGGUUUCCGGCGGAGGGGAGGGGAGGGGUGGUGUUGCUGUGUCAGGGUCUCGCCUUACGGUACCUCCGCUACCCGCCGGCUUUCCCGGGCUGAGACGAGAUUUCCAACUGCGGGGAGAGCCACGGUCAUGGCGAGCGCGGGCGGCACUUACCGGCUCCGCUGCUCCGUGGUGGGACACGAGCUGGACGUGCGGGGCUUGAGUCACGGCCUGUUCCCGCCGGGCGGCUUCGUGUCUGUGUCCCGGGACCGAACCGCCCGGCUGUGGGCCCCGGACGGUCCUAACAGGGGGUUUACUGAAAUGCAUUGUAUGAGAGGCCACUCCAAUUUUGUAUCUUGUGUAUGCAUCAUACCUUCAAGUGACAUCUAUCCUCGUGGGCUAAUUGCAACAGGUGGAAAUGACCAUAAUAUUUGCAUCUUCACACUGGACAGCACAGCUCCACUCUAUGUCCUUAAGGGUCACAAAAACACUGGUAGGAUUAAGAAGGAAGGCUCUUUGUGGCAGAGAGGGAGAAAAUCAGGAGCAUCUAUAUGCCAAUGUGCAUCAGUAACCAGCCUACCACUAACCCAGCCUCACUCUUCUUCUCUUGCAGCUGCUGAAUCCUUCUGCCACAAGAAGUUCUUUGAAAUGGUGGGACUGAAAAAGAAGAGCCAGGAAGAUAUAAAGAAGAUUUUCCACAUUCUUGAUAAAGAUCGAAGUGGCUUCAUUGAGGAGAAUGAGUUGAAAUUUAUACUGAAGGGUUUCACCUCUAAUGGCAGAGACCUAUCUGAUAAAGAAACCAAGACACUCCUGGCUGCUGGAGAUAAGGAUGGAGAUGGCAAAAUCGGCAUUGAUGAAUUCAUAACUUUGGUGGCUGAAGCAUAAAGCCUUUGACCAAUCUGAACCCUCCAUCUGCCCUUCACCACCUGAUUCCAGCCAGCUCCUGCUGUCCUCCUUGGCUCUUGUUCUAUUUAUUUUUGUUAUUUUAUACUUCCACUCUGUUCUCUGCAACCCUGUAACUCUGUAAUUGUGCUGAAAGAUGCUGUUAAAAUAAUAAAGGUCACAUUGA